AUGGAAAUAAUAAAUGAAGAAAAUAUAGGAAACAAUAAUAUGCUUAUAACCCAAACAACUGAAAUGAAUCUCGAAAUUAUUUGUGAUAUUAUAAAAAAAGAAAAUAUAGUAGAGGAUAAUAAAAAAUAUAUCAUUGAAUUUUUAUUAAAUUUUUAUAAAACAUAUAAAUGUUUUGGAUAUAAAGAAAUUGUGAAUUUAAAUAACUUUUUAAAAUUAAUUAUAACUAAGUUUAAACAAGAGGAAAACAAAAAUGUUUUUUUUGAAAAAAUGCUGUAUAUACAUAUAGAAAAUAUGUCUAACCGAUUUAUAAAUGUGAAAUUAAAGCACGAUUCUCAAUACAUUGAAGAAAUUAAAUUAUAUUUUUUCCUUAUUCUUGAAUUGAGUUUAUAUUUUAAGAAUAUAAAAUCUGAUUCAAGCUUUUCAAAAUUAACUAAUGAAAGCGUACAAAACUUAGUUAUAGGGGUUGUAAAGAAUUUGACAAUUUUCCUGACAUAUACAUUAAGAAUGAUAGAAUCGAACUACUGUAAAGAUCUGUAUUUAAUGCUAAUAUCAAAAGGAAAGAUAAUAGAAAGUUUAGUAAAUUUAUAUUUAAAUUAUGACGAAUCAGAUAAAUAUAUCAUUCAUAUUUUACUUAUAUUGUCUAGACAUAAAGAAUUUGAUGAUGAUAUAAUUAAUUGUGGAAUCAUAGAUUUAUUUAAUUCUCAAAUAUUUCUAAAUAAUAAUGAUAAUAAUAAACAAUAUUUUUUUAUUGAAAACAUUAUAAACGUUGUUAUAAGAAAUAAAAAUGACAAUAUAGCUUUUUUAGUAAACAAAAAUGAACUUGAUUAUAUUAACAAGAUUUUAGAGAAAAUUUUGAUAAAAAUAAAAAAGGAAAGUCCCAAUUUAACUUGUAUAGGUUUAUUAAAAUUAAUAUUUUAUAUAAUACAAAAUAAAAAUAGCUAUAUUCAUUUAUUCCUAUUUGAUUUAAAAAAAAAAAAAAUAUUACAUGAUCAAGAUAUAUCAUUUGUUCAUAAUUUAAAUAAUAUGAUAGAAUAUAUAGAAAAUAUUUGUGCGUUUAAAAAUGAAGGAAUCGAAAAUUUUGAUAAUUUUUUGGACGAUUUUCUUUGUAUUUUAUUUUGUAUUUUAAGAACUAUUAUGAAACUUAUGCUUUGCCCAUUUCCCGAAAUAAAUAUAGACAAUAUCAUCGAGCCUUCUGGAAUGAAAUAUAAUAAAGAGAGUGAUAAUAUGCUGAAAGCUGGAAUAUCAAUCGAAGUAAUGGGAAAACAAAAUGAAUGUAUAAAAUUGAUAAAAAAUAUUAUAAGAUUUUCUUUGAAUUUUUUGUGUUAUGGCAUUCCUAUCCUUGAUGGCGAAAAAAAAUCGCUACAUUUGGUGUGUGUUGAUAUUUUAAAAGAAAUAGGGAUUUAUUAUUUUAAUGGGCAUUUAGAAGAUAAAACAAAAAUGGUAAAUGAAAUUAUAAAAAGUAUAAUGAUAAAAAUGGAAGAAGCUAAUAACAAUAAUAAUAACAAUAACGAAGAUCAAGAUAUAUAUAUAUAUUCCAAACAUUUAGAGGUGGUAUUUUAUGUUAGCUUUAAUAAUGAGGAAUUAAUAAAAAUGUGUUUUACAAAAAAAUUUAUAUUACUUGUUCAUGAUAAUUAUUGUAAAUUAGAUAAAAAUGAGAAUCUAAAAAAUGUUAAAAAGAAGCAAGUAAGAAACUUAUUAAAGACAUAUUAUUUUGGAAUUUUAUAUUUAUAUAUAAAAAAUGAUAUUAAAUCAGAAGAAAACAAAACAAAUCCUAUUUCUUCUUAUAUUUAUUAUGUCAUUAAUAAAGAAUUGAAAGAAAAAGAAUUUAUGCUUCAAAAUGAAUUAUAUUAUUUAAUAUUUUUGAAAUUUUUAAACAUGUCUUUAUUAAAUAACUUGUAUAAUUUUAAGUUAUUUUUAAAAAAUAAUACCUUAGAUAAUUUGUUAAGAAUAUUUAAAAGGAGCAACUUAAAAAUGAAAACAGUGAUACUAAACUUACUAUUUCAGUGUUUCAAACAAAAUUAUAAUUUAGAACUGAUUAAAAAUUAUACAAAAGGGAAUAAAUUAUUACUUGAAAGUUUAAUGGGUUUCUGGAUAGAAAUUCAAAAAGGCAAUUUAGACAAAAAUGAAUGCAUGAAUGUUAAAUAUAUAAUAUAUUAUUUAUGUAAAGUAAUAACAAAUAAUUUUACAAAAUAUCUUAAACAUUUUUAUAAAAAAAAAGUUAUGAUAUCAAGUUUAAAGUCUAUAAUGGUUUAUGAAGAAACAUGCUUUCUCGAUAUUUAUUUGAAAAUAAAAGACGAAAUUGAGAGUAGCCAAUUAACAGUUGUAGAAAAUGAUGAAUGGCUGUUAAAAAAAAAAAUAAAAAAUCAAAUAAAGAAAAUAGAACAGCUGGAAAAAGAAAGUGCUAUUAUAAAAGAUAAUAAUUAUAAAAAAGAAAAAAAAGAAUUGGAUGAUUAUUAUAACUAUGUUCGAAACACAAAAUAA